AUGGCGGUCCAGUGUGAAUUUAAAGAUUUACGUGACGAUCUUGUCUGUAGCAGGUUGAUAUGUGGCAUAAGGGAUAUAGCCCUAUCCGAAAGAUUAUUACGUGAACCAGACAUGAGGUUAGAAAAAGCAAUCGAAAUAUGCAGAUUGGCGGAAAUGUCGCGUAUGCAAGCAAGGAACAUCAAGGAAAACCAAGAAUAUAAUAGCCAGGUACACGCGAUUAAUGAAGAAAAGAUAAGCGAGCACGACAUUAAUGGGAUACAGCGACGCGAGCAGUCCACGCAGGGUUCACGCACAUCACAGCAGACAAAGACCGGCCGUUCUCGUUAUGACCAUCCGCCGAGACAAGACACGGUGAACCACUCAACUCAGACGCCUAAACAAACAGUACAGCGAUAUCAGCAUGCAAACAGAUGUGGGUACUGCGGUCGAGUGCACAGAAGGUACGAGUGUCCGGCGCGGGGUCAAAGGUGCAUGAAGUUCAACCACUUUGCGAGGAUGUGCAGAGUUCAUUCCGUACUGGAGGACUCCACCGAUCAGGCAUGCUUGAACUAUAGAAAACAAAAUAUAAAAGAACCCUUAAUUCCGCAUGAAAUACCUGAUAGACCGUGGUGCAAAGUCGGUAUAGAUAUCUUUCAUUUAGGUUCCAAAUCGUAUUUAAUAGCGGUGGAUUAUCACAGUAAAUUCAUUGAAUUGGCACAAUUAAAUUCAAUGACCUCUGAAAAUGUUAUAAAUAAAUUAAAAACAAUAUUCGGGAGACAAGGUAUUCCAGAGACGGUUAUGUCAGAUAAUGGCCCCGAGUUCUCAUCUUUAGCAUUUUCUGAUUUUGCAAGAAACUGGAAAUUUCGUCACGUCACGUCGUCGCCUAGAUACCCACAGUCCAAUGGUCAGGUCGAGCGGUCCAUUCAAACUAUAAAACAAAUCAUUAGAAAAACUGCGUAUGAUCAAUCGGAUUUUAACUUGGCGUUAUUAGAGUAUUUAAAUACACCAAUUAGCAAAGAACUACCAUCACCCGCAGAGUUACUAUAUAAUAGAAAGCUACGUAGCAUCGUGCCGUGCAACCCUAUAUUAUUAAAGCCAACAUUACAUAAUAACACGGCACAAAAGAUUAAAAGUCGUCAACAAAUUCAAAAAUAUUAUUAUGAUAGAGGAUCAAAGAACUUAACACCUUUAUGUGUAGGACAGAAAGUAAAAGUUAGAAUAAACAAUACUUGGCAAUCGGGCAUUGUAAAAAACAGGUUUGGAAUGCGAUCAUAUGUUGUGUUAUUGAAUAACGGAACUAGUUUGAGACGCAAUAGAAGACAUUUGAUUGCUGAUUCGAACCGCACUUGCUUAUCACCACAGAAUGAAUACAGUUUGUUAUAUGACGAUAUAAACUUAGACACAUCUCAAUCCACGUCUGUUGGCUCCGGUGAACUAGUCUUACAAUCAGCUGAUGAUAACUGUUCUAAUGCAUAUCGUACUCGUUUCGGCAGGAUAGUGCGGCCUCCUGAUCGGUGGGGCUACUCAAAAAACCGAAAUUCCAUAGGUAAAAAGGAAAAUAAAAUGUAUAUCAAACUUAUUUAA